UUAGUAUUGUUAUUUGGUAUAUUAAAUUAAAAAAGACUUGAUUUUCGUUUUAAUCGAAAGAGAUAUUCUCUUGGAGCCUAAACUGCCUAACAAUUGUGUUUUUUUUAUUAGGCAAAGGCAACUUACGGUACAGGUUGUUUCCUCUUGUACAAUACCGGAACCACAAUGGUAGAUAGUCGACAUGGUUUGUUGACGACCGUGGCGUAUCAGAUGGGACCAAACGAGCCUCCCGUAUAUGCUUUGGAAGGCUCCGUGGCAGUUGCAGGGGCUGCCCUUUCUUGGUUAAGGGACAAUCUUACAGUUUUAUCUGAUUUUGAUCAGGCCCAAAAACUAGCCGAGGAAGCUGAAAGCGAAAAUGGAGGAGAAGUUUAUUUUGUACCAGCCUUCAGUGGGUUAUAUGCUCCUUACUGGCAACCAGAUGCAAGAGGAAUAAUAUGUGGAAUAACUCUUGAUACAAAAAAAGGACACAUAAUAAGGGCAGCUCUUGAAGCAGUCUGUUUUCAAACUCGAGAUAUUUUACAAGCUAUGAACAGAGAUUAUGGAAAAGAAACUCUCAGUGUUUUGCAGGUAAAUGAAAAUAAAAUUGUAAAUUUUAGAUCUAAUGAAUCAAAGUGCGUCAAAUGUGUAAUUUAACAAACUUGAUAAUUU